AGUCUCUUAAGGAUUUCGCAAAUUAUUGCUAACCCUAUAAAUACUAAUAUCGUAAUCAUGCCUAUUCAAACACAAGCCAUCGCUUUGCUGAUUGAUACUGAAUGAUACUUACAACGAACAGUAGGCAGUGAACAUCGACAGAGCGAACUCUUCUUCUUCAUCCUCUACAACUCCAGCAAACUUUUUAGGCCUUUUAGGUCAGGUGGUAUUCUGGAUCAUACCUCCUCGGCGAGGUCCUAAUUUACAUCAUCUCGCCCUCGAGGAUUGCAUGGCUUACACGAUGAUGAUUCAUAUUUUCUGAAAAGAAGCUCGAAGACAUAACAGACUACAGCUUCAAAUCUAGUAAGUUUGACAUAGAUAAAUUUUGAAAUUACUGUAUCUAGAUACCAAUACCACCUAGAGCCAGAGUCAGAACUGCAACACACCACAACACGACACACAACUACAAUAGAUACUUCAGUCCUCACAUGCAUACACUCACAACUACCCAUUUGAAAAAAUGUCUGGAAUUAUCGGCUGGAUGUUUGGUGACUCAGACGAGGACCAAAAACGCGCGUCCGAGAGUCAAGCAGGAGGAUCAAAGACGAAGAAAAGUGGCAAACGUUCCAGUGGAGGUUCGGGUAGUACGACUGCAACUACAUCUGCCAAUGGAGGCAAACGAUCGCCACAGGCAAAACGAGCAAGCGCUUCGUCGCCAACGAAUAGGAAAUCAGCAACAGGGGGCAAUGUUAUGGCUCAAUAUUUAUAAUUAGACAACAUGAAGAUUGACGAGUUGUAUCUUCAAGAUGUUGAAGCAGCUCGACACUCGACCUCGAGACCACGACUUCCAUUGGAUCGCUUCAUCAGAAAUUUUGAAUCUACGCAAUGCCAAAACUACUUCAGUACAGGUGUGAGACCAGUCAGAAGUGAGAUGAUACGAAAAGUCCUUACAUCACGUACCUCCUUCUGAUCUUCCACUUCUCACAUAUCUCCCUCUUCUUAUCUUCUCUCUGACUUCAAUAUCGACUACAAGAACUUGGUCUUGCUUUUCUUCUAACCCUCUUUGCGGCGGUCCUCGAAAGAGUACCUCCAGUUUGUCAAAUAAGGCUGAAUUGUUGUCGUUUAUGUGCCGACAACCGGACGAAGCGAUUCGCGCUUUACGCGCAGAUCUGACUGAGGAAAUGGAAACGAAUUCGACAUUAAAGGCGAAGACAAUCGGGUCUCAGCUUGUCGCGCAGAUCACAUUGCAAGAGCUCGUUUGUUUAAGGCGUGACUUCAUAGUGAUUCUGUUGGUGACCAAGGCCACUGAUUCCUCAAGAUGUUGACUUAUUUCGGCAAAGAAGUAACGCUAACGAUGUUGCUUAGGUUCUACCUCUACUUGAGCUUUAGACUGAGUAAGUUGGAAUGUAUGCGAAUGAGUUGUAACUAUGAGUAUGACGCGAGAGAUACAUCAUGAUUACUAAGCAGUUCAUCUAAUUUCUUGCGUUUUCCCGCAGAGUCAGUUUGCGAAGUUUAUCCAGAGCACGUUUCUCACCGACCCCUUCUUCCUCGACCUCGAGAGCAGAAAGCUGCCGACUGUUACCAGUCUCGCUCUGAAACGGUUCGUGGCGAACUAUUACGACCAUGCCGCUUGGCCGUUGAAGAUGAGGAUGACGGUAAAUUUACGUUUUGUGAGAUAGAGAUUCAGGGGGGUCGUAUCUUCUUCAUUAGCUUCUAUAUCAUCAUUGACCUCUGUAUUGUCUCCAUAACAAUUCAACUCUUGACAAACAACAGAUCUGCUUCAUCGAGACCUUUGCAGUGCAUGUCCGGCAUCGGCCGGAUCUGCUCCGGCGAAAUAUGCAGACAGUGAUCAACUUCGAGUUUUUAGAGCUUUUCCACGAAGCGGGGCCGAUCUUUCACAAACUGCUGCAGCAGUAUGGCGGGAACGGACCAAGGCGCGAUCCUACAGUGUCGGACUACAAGGUGUUGCACAAAGAGAUCACCAUUGAAAGGGAACUCGAACAAAAAUUGGCUUUAUGGAACUUGCUAGUUUUAGCAGAUAGGAGUAUCCUUGAUGAUAACUACCCUUUUCGCUUUUCUAUCUUCCUCUGGUCUCUCUUUUUUCUAGUUAGGUCUGCUCCACCACAAUUUAUGGAACCAAAUUGCUAGUAAAAAAGGGAAACUCGAAGACUUGAGUUAGUAGAUGAGGAGCAAGCACUAAGUGGCACUUUUUAAUGAAAGUAGAUGAUCUUUGUUGUGUGGCGAGUUUUCUUUUUCAUACCAUUAUGGCAAUGAAUGAAUCAAACUCAAAGCAUAUAGACUAGUAGCGCGCCGCCUAGAAACAAAGAAUGAAAGGAAAAAGCAAACGACAGAAGUAGACGGGGAGAGCCAGAUCAUCACCGACUCUUCUCCGUACUCCCUUCCCAGUCCCCUUCUAAUCCUCGUCGACAUAGAUCAUGCGUGUAGUUUGUUUGCGACUUUCAAGUCGUUUCUGAAACCUAUGCGACGCAGGGAACUAGUAAAACUUCUGCGCGAAGCCAAUUGCCUGGCGCCAAACGGUGCUCGUUACAUCGCAGAAGCUUCAGCACGAAGAGCAGCAAGAAGAAGUGGAGGGGUGGUGGUUAUGGGAAGUAGAUCUACUCAGUAAUCACUUCUCCGUAGUUGUAGUUCAUCUGUGAAUUACCACCAUAAAGAUAAAGAGGGAACUCAACGUAAGGAGAGAUUUAUAGGGUGAGACUUCGUCUCCUGGGUUCAUCCUUCUAGAAUUUUGAGAUGACUUUGCAAGUAGGAAGCUCAUCCAUGACUAGUGUAACUGUUCCAACAUAUCGAUUGCAGAUAGAACUGGCCAAACACCUGGUCCCGCAUAUGCAGGAGCGGUGGUCAUGAGGCAGGAGGGUUUGGCUUCGCCACCUGCCAUCAGCUCAGACUUUUAAGGCCUUGCUUCAUCCUAAAAUUUUCACUAGUACUAGGUAGGAGAGCGAGUGCGCCUUACUCUUGUUCGUCUCUCUUUCAUCACUAGUUUUCCUUACUGCAACUCUUAUUGUUCAUGGGAACGUUUAUAGUGAGGGCGGUGGUCUCUUCUUGUCACUGCUCCUAUGUAUUUCUCGUUGAACAAUAACAGCAAUUUAACUUGCAUAGAAGAAGGGCUUGGGCUUCGUGUUCGUAUUAGAAGACUCCGCUAAAAUCAACUCCAAACAGAGCGUUCUCAAUCCGAUCAAGGAGACGGGGGAAAAGAGAAGCGAAGUCAAGGCAUUCUGGAGUACCUUACUUCUCUCGUUAGUGGCCAAGAUGACGAGGACGAGGUGAUAGAGCAACAGCAAGCGGCAGCGGAAGCUAAUAUUAUGGAGCAGUUUAUUGUUCUUUGUCUUUCUUAUUCCCAUUUCAAGGUCUUUCUUAUUCCCAUUCCUAUUCUUGACAUUCCUCAUAGAGAUCCCUGCACUUGUGUGAGCCUGAGCGUGCAACUUGAAUAUAUAAGACGUAGCAUAGAAUUUGAGAUGGUCUUCAUGUUAGGAAUAUAGGUCCAUUCCAUGAUGAUUAUGAUGGAUCUUCACCAUCCUCAAGAAUCCCAAUCAAUCUCGAUACUACAGUCAACGUCACCCCAACACCAUCUCGUGUUCUCUACUUUUUCAAGCAAGUGUUCAACUCUUUCUGCUCUAAGCGUCAAAAACAAGGACCCCAAGGAGAAUUUCCUGGACAACAGAGUGAGUUUCUGGAUGAUAUCGACGACUCCUUGAUGGAGGACGAAGACGCAGAAGAGUCCUUUCAGGCGAUGAAGAGUAGUCUCCUUGUGGUGACAGACUACGACGCAAAAACGACGCGUGCUAUUGCAAGACAAAAAGUCGCACUAGAGCUGCACUUGCAAAUGGAAGAAAGCACCUCUGGGGCAGACCAGAAGAAAGAUAGUGGUAGCACGUUGGCGAUGGAAAAAUUAUGGGAGCUUAUUAACUUCGUAAUAUUCAAUUAAUAUCUCCAAGAACUCUUCGUUCAAAACACCAGGUAGAAGUGCCUUUGCCUAGUAUAUCAAAAAUUUGAAGCCCAAGUCCAAGCGGAACAUUCCCAGUAAUGAGAUUGAGCAAUCUUCUUCUCUGUCUUUUCUGAGCUUUACUUCUAACAACAACUGGUGGCCCCUUCAGUCGUGGCGUCUACGCGAUGAACGCUGUUCCGGGAUACAACGCUUCGAUUGCGGUAGGCGAGCUCGCGUUUCUAGUGGGUCGUAACCGUAGUGCGAGCUCACCGACUACCACAGUGGCGUCUCCUGCUACAACAGCCGCUGGGUCUCCACUCGUGGGGCAAAGGGAUGGAACAGCUACUGGGAGUUAUGGCGUGUUGUAAGUAUGGAAUUCUACUUAGACGUAGGCGUCGUAGUAGAAUUAGUAGUGUAGAGAAGUAGAAGAUGAAGUUGAAGAGUGAAAGGAAGCGAGGUGAAGGAUUCUAAGUGCCUGUUCUCGUUCAUCGCCAUCAACAUCUCCUGACGCUAAAAGAUAUUGCUUCCGUGCCUCUCUUUCUCUUUGAGUUUUGUUGGAUCAAAUUGGAUGGAAGUUCUACGACUAUCUUUCCCGAUCCCAUCGAGAUUUGUCUUCUAGAAGUUCUAAGACUCAACAAGCACCACUGGCAGCCGCCUCUCGAAGCAACAGCUGGAGAGCCUCGAAUCUAAAGAGCAGCAGCCAUUGCCUCCCCCUCGCGAGGUUUUUCUCAAGAUUCGUCGACCAGGCAUUGGCAUGAAGCUCAUGUGCGAGCGCGAACUCCUGAGGAAAUUGACCAGGGACUUGCCUGGUGCCUGGGUAUCGCUGGACCAGGAUAUGCUGAGCAAAUGCGCGCAAGAAUGCGACUUCAACCAAGAGUGCGAGUAUCUGAAUGAAGGCCGUGCUCGUUACGCAACGUGCAGCAUUAAGGGAAAGCCUCUACCGAAGAAGGCGGCGCAUCGGCACAAGGAGAUGCGGAUAGCAGUGCCACGAGUCCUCGCGCGACCCACUACGCUCAUCGAAAGUAAGAAUCAGGGAGGUCCUCGUAGCGCUACUGCUAGUGGUUCGAUCCCGGCUGGUGCUUCCACAGCUGCAAGUACGAACUUGGUUAAAAAUACCUCCAGAACCAGUGCAGCUAGUCCUAGUGCAACAUCUACAACAAGUUCGCGAAAUAGAACUUCAGAACUGGUUAAAAGUCCAACAGCUUCGCCUUCAUCUAGGAGUAGCAUCAAGAAGGGAGGUUCUAGUCCGUCUGGGCGACGGAAUACGCAACUAUCUGAGUUCCUCGCUGACGAGGAAGAUUCAGAUGCUGCAAAAAAGUCGGGAGAAGACGCACAAGGGCGGACACCAGAAGGCGCUUCGUCACUGCUGCGAAGUGAAUCGUUGGCUACAGCGAACUCAGGACCACUAUCCCCGGCACAAGCAUCGGCCGCAAGCGCGACUGCAUAUUUAAGAACUCACACUGUGUUUAGCCAUUAGAUAGAGCAGAGAGAUAUCCUCCAAAUACAAUGACUAGCUUUUGCGUUAGUGUGUGAAUAAACUGUAGAAGUAGAACAAGUUAGCACUAGAUGUAGAAGUGCAGCCGUCGAUCUCGAUUGCUUAUACGUAACUAAACAAAAACUCAUCGUCAUGGGGAGCGACUUCUAAUGAUCUCGCGCUCCUCGGGAGCGGGAAGUAAGACUGAAAACAACAUUCUAGUGAUGGAGGUUGCAGCGGGAAAAGCAUAUGAUCGUCUGCUGACGGAGCAGCUUGCCUGCCCAGUAAACAAGCCAUGCUGUAAGUGGUAUCAGGCAUUGAAGUUAUGGCAUCCAUGUAGGUAAAAGUAGGCAUCAGCAUCAGACUGCUCAGGCAUACGCUUAGUCCUCCUAAUAGUGAUCUCGCAAAGAUCCUGCUCUUGUUUAUGUUUCAGUUUCUUUUUUCUUUUAAUAACUCGUGUUCCUCAAAAUCAAAAAAUAACCCUCGGAGAAGCAAUGGCGCAUUUUUCUUGUUGGCAACUAAGCAAUGGCGCAUUUUUCUUGUCCCUUUUUGUUCCCCACAGCAUCAACUACUACAACUUCUAACGCAAAGUUAGUCGCUUUUUGUUCCCCACAGCAUCAACUACUACAACUUCUAACGCAAAGUUACUUUUUCCCCACAGCAUCAACUACUACAACUUCUUCCCUUUAUUUUCCCCACAGCAUCAACUACUACAACUUCUAACGCAAAGUUAGUCCCUUUUUGUUCCCCACAGCAUCAACUACUAGAACUUCUAACGCAAAGUUACAUGGCACUUGCUUCUCCCUUUUUGUUCCCACAGCAUCAACUACUACAACUUCUAACGCAAAGUUACUUUUUCCCCACAGCAUCAACUACUAGAACUUCUAACGCAAAGUUACAUGGAUGCCUUCGAUGUGUGGGUGGAAAUAGCGAUCCUCCGGAAAAACGCCUUUUUUCAUGGGGAUCCUCACUUAGGCAACCUCUUCUGGGAUGACGCGAGUGAAACCUUCACCUUUAUCGACUUCGGUAAUAGCUACCAUGUGGGAGACGCGUGGCCUGGAGGUAUUACUUGCUAUUCUCUUCUUUUACCAUGUGGGAAUACGAAUAGAUCGCGCGCUGGUGUAUUUUCGAAGAGUUUCGUCUCCGUGGUGUUCAUCUCGUCUCAUUUAUUGAAUACGAUCAGGUCUGGUCGAGCCGAUGUACGAGUUUAUGCAGGGUUCACUGUUGCGCAAGCCAGAACGCAUACUGAAGGUGUUUCCUUUUCGCAGCGAAGUUAAGGCAAGAACCACGAAGGGAGCGCUCUCAGCAACAUCAGCAUAGUCCUUGACUUUGAGUUUCCUGAGUAGGGGAAAAACAAAGACCAAGACGAGCUACCUAGAUUUAUUCUGCAGCAAAACUAUCCAACAGUGAAGAACUUAUUCUCCAACUUUGAAUGGUCCCGACUAACUAUGAAUGGCCCUCCUCCUAACUACGUGAAUGACUAACUAUGAAGAAUGGUCCUAACUACGUGGCACUAGCUCUAAUCACCUCUCCGCUAUUGAGAGAGCUGAAGUUACGGAGAAAAUCCGGAAGGCGUUAGAUUUCGCGAUGGAUAAGUACUACGAAGCAGGUAUCGAGAAGCUGCGCAAAACGGGAAAGCUGAAGCCACGGAAUCCAGAAACUGAGAGUUACGCAGGGGAUGAGUCUUGUUUUUAGUAGAGAUGACUGUCGGGAGCAUCGGGCCUGGGUCUGGCAUCCCUGAAGACGUCAGGCCCGAUUGAUUUCCGAUUGAGUAGAAAAGCGUGCUACAUGAACGUGUCACGCCUUCAAGGAUACAGGUGCAAUCUUUCCGCCUGAAGAGCAAUUACAGCGCUUCGAAGAUGAUGUUGACGUAGAAAGACCAUGCGCGGCAAAUGUAAAAACUGUUACAACUUUGCUGUAAAUUUGUCCUCUAAGACUCACCGCCGUCGGCUCUAGAAGAAGAAGCAGGCGCGGUGAGUAAUGUGGUCAGGAACGGAGUAUCCGAAGGUUGGGAUGAGGACUUGUUUGUCGAUGCAGAUGAGCCAUCUUCAUCUGAUGACAACUUAAGGCUGAAAAGGGCAAGAUGAGUGGAUAUGUCGUGUAGGAGUUUUCCAGCACUUGUUACCUCUCGCCAGGAACAUCAAUGAAGCAAUGGGGGUAAGAUGAGUGGAUACUUAGUUCGUGUUAGUUCGUUGGAGAUUCGGACUCGGGCUACUAGUUUGUUGAUGUGAAGCAGCGCUGUGAGUAUGAGGAUCAUGCUCACUGAUUUUAGUAGACAGUAUGAAGCGCAGCCGAGUUUUUUUCGUCGAUGCGCUAUCUUCGUUACAACCGUCUCCGCCUUCUCUAAUAUUGAGCAUUAUUUUCAUCGAGCCGUUAUCGUUACAACCACCUCCAUGAUCUCCUCUAAUAUUAAACGAAACUGAGCAGACCGAGUCACAAACUGAAAGAAAGUUAAGCAAGGAUGCGCAGGGAAAGGCAGUAGGUGGCGGAGCAGGUGAGGAAGAGAGCAGUAGCAGGAAUAGUAGUGGACCUACCGAAAUCAAGCAUCUAGAUGCAUCGUCGGAAGUGAAGUUUAUGAGCAGUUUGGGUUGUCUUUGUCUUUGUUCUUUCAUCUGGUCCGUCAGCGAUCAUAUCAAAGGGGACUGGUAGAGUGUGAAGAUGUUUCUAGGGCACUGUUGAUUUACUGCGUGUUCGUGGACACAUAGUGGUCGUGAUAGUAACAAAUACAGCGAACAACUAAUGCACUUUUCUCUCCCCCAAGAGACUUAGACUACUAAUCCUCGUCCCAUGAUUCCCGUCUCGUCUUCUAACCCCCGUGCCGUGACCGAGGGCAAUUUGUCGGAGGUGAUGUUCACAGCGGCCUUUUCUGAGGUUAUCGCGCACCGUCAAGUGUUUGAUCCGGAGCAGGCCUUCGAGGGGUUUUUACGACCCAUUGGGAUGCACUGGGUGUGUGGGGCUAAAGUUCUUACGGGCAUGCUUGAAAAGCAGAUGCCUGAAGGCGUGCGAAUGAAGGAAGGAGGUAAACCUUUAAGAAGUCCUUGUUAUUGUUGUUCGGUUGCCGGAGGAGGACCACGAGGGAGAAGAGAAGCAACAAAACAUUGAUGUUUAUUUCUAACUCGCCUGCUUCCACCCUCCAUGACAAUCGUGAUGAGCUACAACAGUUAAGCAUUCUCCUGUCAAUACUUCACUACCUCUACCUCUGCUCAACACUAUCGCCAUUUAUGACAUUUUUGACCAAACACGAGGUCCCCUGGUUCCCUGGUCGGAGGUUUUUCCCUCGCCAUUUCACCUGUUGGAGAAGAGCUUGCUUUCAAGAGCGAGCAAAACUCAAGGAGCACAAGAUACAUGGGAACUGUAUUUGUCGGAGAAAGAUCCUGAAAGACGCGAAGUCUUGUGGAACGAUUACAUCGCGCCAAGCAUGCAGCUCUUCGCACCUAAAACGUUGGAUACUUUGAGGAUGUUAAGGCGAUUACAUCACGUGCAUGCUACUCCAUGCGAUCCAUGCACUCCAUGCCAUGCGAGCUGUGAAACCUUAUAAAUUGCUCUGAUAUAACAACCGGUUAGUUUUUCCCUCUGUCACGUAGAUGUAUCCCGUCAAGCAAAUUACUAGUAGAUGAGUACUUGCUUGACAUUGGUUGCCUUUUCUUCUUUCGGUUUUUGUUUUUUCUCGUUGGGUCUGCUCCACCACAUUUAUUAUUUACACGACGUGGAUAGCGUCCAUGACCUAGCGUCAAGUCCUAGACUCGGGUAAGACGUGAUUGAUGUUGGAGUGAAUUGAUCUUUGCGUAUCUUGUCGGAGCAUCUUCAGCCAGCAUGCUCUUGAUGGUGAGCGAAAGUGUGAGACGAGUGAAGAUUGACACAAUAGGAAGUAAGAUCUUCUAACAACUGUGCACAAGGGCUACAAGACAGGGGUCACGAACCUGUUCGGAAAUAUGAAGAGCAAGCUUUUCGCACCGUUCUCGAGGAACAAGAACCCGACGACGUGAAGACGGAAGUGAUGUGGAAGAAGACUGCAGGAUUCGGAGGUGUUGUAGAUAUUAGUAUUUAUAGGGUAAGCAACUUUUCUGAAAUCCUUAAAAGUCUUCCUUAAGUGCGUUCCUUAAGGAAACUGAUUCCCUUAAGGGAUUUUAUAUUACAAAAAGUUACUAUAACUUUCCUUAAGGCGAAAAAUUUUCCUUAAGGAAGCUCCUUAAGGUAAGCUGUUAUAGACUUACAGGCUAAUAAUAGGCACUCCCUUCAGUGAUGUGGAAGAAGACUGCAGGACUAGAAGGAGGUGCUGUAGAUAUUGCAGCUAUAUCUACAACACCAUUGAAUGAUAUCUGAUAUCAUUCAAUGUCUUUCUUCAUCUUAGUCAUAUCGCGAAGCGAGUAUCAAUAAGUUUAGCUUUUCAUUUUUCUUCUCUUCUUCUCACCACCGCCAGCUUUCCCAUCUCUCUCCACGACCUUGCUCAUAUGAAAGAAGUAAAGCUGGUGGAAGAGAAUAUAUUUGUCGCAAGAAUAUCUCAGCUGGGUUGAAUAACGAAUUCCCACCUAGUUGUAGCGCCAGCAGUAGCCUCGAUGAUGUACUAUGGCUAUGCUGGUAAUCGUAAUUCGUUGUCGUGAGAUAUCAAAUAGUAUCAGUAUGAGUGUACAGAAAUAGCAAAUCUAUGUACUAAUUUAUAUGCACAGGGUACGCAAUGGCGAUCGUCAGUUCUCAACAUCCAUAGCAUUGAUGUGUUUUAUCUUCUCAUAUGAUCGAGAUCGAAAAUGAUCAUCAAUAAGCAAGUUUUUCAUAAUAGAGACUAAGAAAUCAAAAUCAUAAUGUUGAAAAUCAAAACUGUUCGCAUCUUGUUCAUGAACACUAGCUAGCUAGUUGCGUUACUCGACGCUCCAGUAGUUGUAAGUAUUGAUCUUAUCAUCAGUUGAAUCAAUUGUUACCGUCACCCAUGCUCAAUCUAAUUGCCAUCAUUUAGAAGUACCAUGAUGGAAGAAGUUAGUUUUACUAGAACGCGCUUGUGCUGCCAGGGCCAUUUCCGAGAAAAUAUUAUAGUGGCGGCGAUGCGGUAGACGUAGAAUCCAUGGUCUAUACCAAAACGCUCUGCUCAUAUUCCGCAGGAGAAGCAUCGUCGUGCUAUCGAAUUAGAUGACCAUAUCCAUAAGAGACGGCGGAAGUCGUACUAGCAUUAGGUCACGCCACAAGUAGAUGAAGUAGUUGUAUAAGAAAAUGUGUAUCGUCUAUCAGUAGGGCUGAGCCUGAGGCGCGAGUCCCGCUAAAUCUAAAUCAUCUUAACAAAUUAUCACUCUUUCUGUACAAAAGUAUUCUUGUGUUGAGUAGAAGGGUCUACUACCGCUCUUGUUCUACUUUCUUCAUUAGUUAUUGGUCUGCAUGUUGUUCAUACCUCAUCAAGUAAAGCUAAAGACCGGCUGUACUAGGUGGAUGAUUGUGAAUGACUUCUACUUAUUAUCGAGAACGAGCACACGCAGGAAAAAUCUACGACAAAUAGCAUUUUAAUCCAAAGAGUGUAUGCAUUGAUUUGCGCGAACUUGUUGAAGAAGUUGAGAAGGUCCAGCUUUCCCCUGUUCCUAAGAUGCUGUUUUUGGAAAAGGAAGGGACGAGCGCAGAAGAUGGUACUCUACUACAUGUUAAAAAGCACGACCAGGGGAUUCUAAGGGACGAGACAUGGAAGCAGAGGGUGACAGUAAGGAGUUGACAUAGCUCAAGUAAACCGGCAAACGACGAAAGUGAAGGUGGUUCUUGUGGUAAACAUUUCAUGUUAUAAUGAAGAACAUGAACCUGAACCUGUACUCGGGAUCUCGCUUUCCAGGUCCUCUAGUAUGAUCCUAGACGCUCCUUUUUAAUUCCACCAUCAACCACGAACCUCUUGUCAGAUACAG